AGGGUAUGAUUGAAAUUGUGGCGUAAGUAACCAAACAGCGUGCGUGGCUCAUGUGGGUUUGGCCCAAAUAGGCAGAAAAGGAUGUGGCCGUUCUUGUGUUCGAUAUGACAACGUGGAUGAUUGUAAAGGAAUAGAGAAAGAAUAGAACUCAUUCCCCGUUUCAUUAUUGCACAAUUCUCUCUCCCUCGACGCCUCUCCCCCUCUGCCAAGCUAGCGAUGGUCCUAUGUUCUACUGAAUCCAUCUAACAUCAUGGAGUCCCCCUUAACUCAGCAAACUAGACCCGAAACCUUCAAGCCCAAAGUCGUGCAUCUAUACGAGAACUUAUUUCACACUUCGGAUUAUACUGAGCACUCUGAGGGAUUUUGGAGAGAAUUCUUUCUGCUGCCGCCGGAUCGAGGCCAGCUCAGUAGUGUCCUAGACCAACUCAGCCCUGAUGAGACGCUCAACUUGCAGGUCCAAACCCAGCAGCUCUUCACUCGUGCUAUCCGCGAAGCUGAUUCCGGAGUCAGUCCGGUGGACUCCUAUGCACUAGAGACCUUGAUGGUCUUUCUAGUUUGCGUCUUGAAGAAGAAGUACACCAAUCCUAGCUCGGAUGUCAUUACAGUUCUUGCUGGUCUCGACCAUGUGGAUCAAGUCAUCUCGUAUUUCGUCACUGUAUUGGAUAGCAUCAUUCGCAGUGGAAGCAGUUUUGAAUUGCGAAUCAAGGCUACCAAAACAGCCAUCGCCAUGACCAGUGGCGCAUACAAAACUAGUCUGGUUUCGUAUUUUACGCAUCGCGAUUUAUUCCCGUCACUCAUGAAGUUCGUUCAAGAUUCUGAAACUCCGAUCCAAGUAUUUGACCCAUUCCUUCUCUUAGGAAUGCUGGCAAACUACAACAAAUUUGAAUUCCAAAACCCCUACCAACUGCGACUAGACGACUUUGUCAAUGUGACAAGCAUCCAAAAGAUCGUCAAGGGAGUCGGUAUCUCAUGCGCUGGCCUGAGAAACGGCUAUGUUGCUGUGCAGGAUGACGCUCCCGAGGGCUGGACGUUGUUCAGCACCCUAAUUUACUUUGGCCUUGGAGUUCUCUCCCCUAGUAAAAAAGAUAAGGCUAGCCCACCUAGUGCGGAAGAGGCCAAGGAGAUGUUUGCGACGCUGCCGGCUCAGCAAGCAGCUAUCCUGCUGGCUACUUACGACUUCACAAAUGCCAACAAACUUUUUGGCUACCAUUUGAUCAGCCAGGCCCCAGAGAAAGACAACGAAGAAUCCCCUUUUGCAAGCUUCCUCUCAUUGACGUCCUAUCUUCUGCACCAUGCCUACCGGUCCCCAAGGAUAGCGCACUAUGCCAAACUCAACCUCUUCACCCUCCGCAUCCUCGCCGAGGACUCCACCCUCUGCAAGCACCUCUGCAGCGAAGAGAACAGGCGAAAGGUCCGACUCUGCCGACAAAGACAGCCAUAUCUACCCGUAGCCUCAGGGGAUCGCGUCCUGGCAACAGUCAUAUUCGACGUUAUAAUCGACACAAUCUCCCACAACCUGCGACGACGUCUCGACGUCGACAUCUACAGCCACUCAAUCUCAGUCCUCCUCCGCCUCCUCACCUACCUAUCUAUGAACAAAAUCCGCCUAACAUACCACUGGUCGGAACUCUGGCGCAACCUUCUCUCCCUAAUGCGCUUCCUAACCACCUACGUCUCCGACCUCUCUAGCAACCCUAACAUCACAACCCUAACCACAACCCUCGUAGACCUAGUCGCAUUCUGCGUCUCCGCAGGCGACACCUUCCUCCCCGACCCGUCCUCCUACGACGACCUCUUCUACAAACUUGUCGAAACAGGCCCCAUAAUCACCAAAUACCGCGACGUCUACGCCCUGAAACCGUCCGGCUCGAAAUCCACAGACUCCAAUCCGUCCAAGGACGUCCAUGUCGCCGCUGUCGACACUCUCAUCGCCGUCUCGACUCAUUUCUACACCCUGCUGUUCAACCCGGAGCAGAACGAUGCCAAACCCGACGCUGACGGCCAGGGCGUGGCGCCUAUUCCGGCGCACCGGAAGAAGAACCUCAGUCCGAGGGAGGUUCAUCGGAUUAUCAAGCAGGGGUAUGAUACGCUGAGUAUUGAGCCGCCGGAGGGUUUGAGCGCUUGGACUAGGUGGCGGGAGACGGAUGCGAAGACGGAGCUUAAGCAGGCAGCGAGGUGUGUCGUUGAGGAUGCGAGGCAGUUGGUUGUGUAGCUUAUUUAGUUGAGGAGUUGUUUGAUUACGUAGAGGCAAUGGGAGGGUGCUUGUGCUUGUGUGGAUCGAUUAGAAGUAUUUUUGGUUGUGGAUAU